GCUGUGUUUGGUUCAGUUUGAGCAGGUAUUGUAGCAGUUGUAAUAAAGCUUGCGAAGCAAUGUGUAACGUAACCUGGUAGUGACCAUGCUCAAACUGGCCAAUAUGUAUCAACAUUGUAAGUGUCAUCAAUGAGUACUUUUACUUAGAAAUAAUGUUGUUUGAAUGGUAACGGUAAAGUUUUUACUUAGCAAGUACCGUACCGAGGGAAGACGCGAUAGUUAAGUACUGUAAGUAGUGUGUUGCCCGAUCACCGCCGUGAGGUCGAGAUGGCUGUGGCUGAUAUUUCGAUUUGAGGCUACGAAACAAUGUUUGCAGCUAAGCCCAGGAGGGCCUACAAUUACACAGCUUAUACGGAAUAUUAACUAGUAUCUGAUGUGCUUGUAUUAGCGGAAUUCUGAGCUUUCACUUAAAUGUGUAUACCGCUUUUGAAUGUUAUUUACCGAUUUCGUUGUGGACAAAGCAAUUGAUUUGGAUGUUUUUGUUUACCAGCCAGACAACUUGAAACCAACUAAUACAAUGGUAUAUUCUUGAUGAAGAACAGAAAAUCUUCAUGCACUCAAUGAAAAACGAAUAUUAGCAAGAUGUCUUCAUUAAUUUGUUGUCAUCACCCAUUUAAGCUUUCCUUUAAUUGGAAGUCUUCCAUUGUUUUUUGUUUCAUAGCAAUAAUAUUUGCUAGAACUACUAAUGGUCAGGCGGAUGUUACUUUUGAAGUUGAAGAAGGACUUCCGGCGGGUACUAUCAUAGGGGUUUUAGGCAAUCCACCAUAUGAAAACUCUUUUGAUAUAUCUGAAUGUACUAGCUAUAUUGCUUUUGAAAAAUUGGAUGGAACAUUAAAAACAAAGGAAAUACUUGACAGGGAGACAGUUGCUUCUUGUGAACUUAUUGUGUUUUCAGUGUCUAAUGACGUAAUCCAAGUAAAAGUGGAUAUAAUUGAUAUCAACGACAAUCCGCCAAUAUUUCCAAAUCCGUCGUCAGUUAUGAAUAUUUCUGAAUCUACUCCAUUAACUCGCCUAAAUAUUGAUUAUGCGACGGAUGCAGAUAGCGUCGUGUAUGGCAUAAAGAGAUAUGAAAUAUUAUCAGGAAAUGAAGAAGGGACUUUUAACUUGUCCUCAAAAUCUCUUCCAAGUGAAGACACACUUUUCUUGGACCUGGAACUUCUAUCAGAAUUAGACCGAGAACGAGUGGCACAGUACACACUGGUUAUCGCUGCUUAUGAUGGCGGUAAUCCGUCUCUUAGUGGCACAACUACACUUAUCAUCAAUGUGGAGGAUGUUAACGAUAACGCACCAAUGUUUUUAUUGACAAGUUAUUCAGCAACUGUGAAUGAAACCGUUCCGGUCGGCACACGGAUCCUAGCUGUCACAGCGACAGAUCUUGAUGAAGGUCCAAAUGGACGGAUUUUUUAUGAGAUCAAUCGAAGGCAGAGCGAUCCUAAUGAAAUCUUUCGAAUUGAUCCUUUAACAGGUGAUUUGUACUUGAAUAAGCCGCUUGAUUAUGAAGUCCAGCAAACUCAUGAGAUAAUUGUUGUAGCUAAGGAUAGCUCACCUGAUCCACUGGAAAACACUGCCUUCGUAACUAUUACAGUAACAAAUAUUAACGAGGGCGCACCGACAAUCAUGAUCUUGUUUUUUAGCAAUGAUGGUAACCCCAAAAUUUCAGAGGAUGCUGAACCCGGUGAUUAUAUUGGCCGUGUUUCUGUCAAUGAUCCGGAUGAAGCUGAAUUAACCAAUGUUAGUGUGAUUCUAACCGGUGGUAAUGGUAAUUUUGGCAUUGAAACAAGUGACAACAUAAUCUAUCUGGUCUGUAUAAAGCGUGUUCUCGACCGUGAACAGACACCAUACUACAAUUUAACCAUCUUUGCAAAUGAUUACGGUAGUCCACCGCUCAACGCCCAUAAAAAUUUCAUUUUAGAGAUAUUAGAUGUGAAUGACAAUCCCCCUGAAUUUGACCAAUCUGACUACUACCCUCAAAUUCAAGAGGUGGCUGACCCAGGUACAUUUGUCACCCAAGUCGGAGCAACUGAUGCUGAUGCAGGCGUCAAUGCUCAGAUCACCUAUAGCAUAGCCAGUGGCCCACAAGCAUCGUGGUUCCAUGUGAAUCCUGUCUCUGGACUAAUUACUACAAGUUCUCAAGUGGACCGAGAAAUUUCCUCCGUCGUGGAUCUUACGGUAGUUGCAAGUGAUGGUGGAACGCCGUCAUUGUCAUCAAGUGCGAUGGUUCAUGUGACUAUACGUGAUGUGAAUGAUAAUCAACCGCAGUUUACUCCAUCGUCGUACAAUGCCAGUGUUCAUGAAGAUAUUGCUAAUGGAACAUGUUUGCUUCAGGUAAGUCAAAGUUCAAUACUAAUAAUGUUUAUUCAUACAAAUUGUUUAUUCAGAUUCAAAUUGAAUUAUAAACAAUCAAAAGUUCUGUUAAGAUUAUCAAAUUUUAUUUGACAAAAACAAUGUUGUAUGCCCA